CGGCAAGGAGAGGCCUAUUCUCACAAUAGUGCUUCUGACCACAGGCCCAGCAAACUUUGAACCGUGUCUGGAGUUGACCCUUAUCUGACCACAUUCUCGGUCUCCGUCUCGCACAUACAAGGUUAUUUUUCUAGCUACUAAUGCAUCUUAGGUUAUGGCCUAGCUGAGACACUCUGGAUGAGCGACAGCGUAGAGCCAGCAUUUGUUUUCAAUGAACUUUUCACACAGAGUGAUUCUUUCAGUUAAUUAGAGGCAUUGAUGGAUCAGCAGUCCCUUCAGCGUCGUUAUCAGUACCCGCAUUCCGGCCACAAUAUCCCUGACUUGCCUCUAUCGAGUUUCAUUCCGUUACAGGAGGGCUCAGAACAGGUUAUCAGGCCUUCGGAAGUCACGCUAAGCUUUGGCAACCCUAAUAUGAUAGUCGACCGCAUAAGGCCGGCGGUCGUCGGCGGGAACUUCGCCGUUUCCGGAUUAGAGUUGUCGCGUGCGGCUGUCGCGAAUGCGUCGCCAUCAUGCGGCCGUGCGCAUCCAUGCGAAAACGGAGUGCGACAGCCUAAGGUAGAGCCUUCUACAUCCGGCUUUACAGAAAAGGCAAAGGAAGAAGCAACAGGGAUGGAGGUGGACCAACGGCAAAUGCGAGGCAGCGAAGCAGUCAAUAGGGGGGACAAAUCUACGCGUGCAUCUGGGGUUACCCUACCCUUGUUCCCCAGCACCUCCCCCUCACCCAACCGUCUGUUGGAAGCAAACGCAACCACCCACAAUUCUGCGCCUGCUGCGCCAGAGCCGCUGUAUGGCGGAAAGAUCGCAGGCGCAUUGUCAGGGCUGGGAGCAGCAGCAUCAGCAGCUGCAGCGGGUGCUGCUCCUCCCCGCGCCCGCAGCACCAGCAUCAACAGCGGCAGCAGCAGUGGCGGCGGCGGCAGCAGCAGCAGAGCAGCAGAGGCGGCAGCUACACAGCUGGCGCAGGUGGCUCACACAAUUCUCUCCAUGGCGCAGACCUUACAACCCGAGGACCCCGCCUCUGGCGCGCAGCAGCCUGCUUCUUCUGAGGCGCCUCAAGCGGCGCAGCUGGCGCAGGUGGCUCACACAAUCCUGUCCAUGUCGCAGACCUUACAACCUAAGGACUCCUUCGGGAGGUCGGACCUCCCCCCUGGCGCGCAGAAGCCUGCUUCUUCUGAGCCGCCUCAAGCGGCGCAGCUGGCACUGAUGGCCCAAUCUAUGCUCUCCAUCUCUCAGCUUGUUCACUCCAAUGACCUCCUCUCCUCCUCCGGCGCGCAGCGGUCUGCUGCGUCUAAGGCACGUCAAGCGCAGGUGGCGCAGAUCGGUCAAACCAUCCUGUCCAUGUCUCAGCUCCUAGAGUGCAGGGACCUCCCCUCCGGCGCGCAGCAGCAGCUCAGCAGCGCUCUCUCCCUCCUCACUGGCUUCCUGUCAGGCCAAGGGGGUAUCAGGAGGGGGGACGGAGGAAGAGGGACUAAGGCAGCUGCGGCGGCUGUGCCUUGCGAUACUGCUGCGGGGUUUGCCUCUGGUGCAGCAGCAGCAGCGGCAGGGACAGCAGCGCCAGCAGUGGCAACAGGCGCUGGAGCAGUGGUGACAACAGCAGCAAAGCUAACAGCCCCAGCAGCAGCAGCAACAGCAGCAGAGCUAGCAGCCCCAGUAGCGGCAGCACGAACAGCCACAGGCUCUGCAUUGGAAGAGGCAAUAGCACCAGCUACGUUCCCUCGCGACGCCACCCUUUCUGUCGGUCUCGCAUCUCUCUCCGCCAACCCAGCCCCCGAACCAAACACUAACACACGGACUGGCGUAACAGCAGCAGCAGCAACCACUGUUCCCACCAGCACCGUCUCCACCCCUGAGCUCCAGCACUUACUUAAAAUCCUGGAGGAGGGUUCUAGAACAGGCGAGCUUUUAGCUGCAAAGAACCACGCCCGGCUCACCCACUACCUUUCGCAAGCCUCGGGGCUCCUCUCCAGCCUCGGCAGGCAGAGCCUCGGUGGGAAGAGCCUCGGCGCCCACCCGAGCCUGCUUGCCAGCCUCGGCGGGCAGAUCUUAACUGCUGACGAUCCUUCCGGUCUUUCAGCCAAUCAGCGCCAGACAAGUGGCAGCACUUUGGCAUCGGCUGGAGUAGGAGGGUCUGUUUUGUCCAGGAAAGAAGGAGCCGGAAUGGUAGGUGUGGGUCAAGGGGUGGAAUCAGGAAGCCAUGGUUCUGCUGCUGGUGGCGCUACUGCUGCUCCUCAUGCUGCUGCCAAUGCUGCUCCUGGUGCUCUUGCACCUGCUCCUGCUCCUGCACCUGCUCCUGCUCCUGCACCUGCUCCUGCUCCUGCUGCAGCUGCUGCCGCUGCUCCUGCUGCUGCUCCUGCUCCUGCUGCUGCUGCUGGAGCACAGCGAGGCUCAGGCAAGGGCAGGCCAAUAUCGGAGCUACUCGAUGUGGCGGCAGCAGCAGCGGCCACAGCAGUGGUCGUGGCAGCAGCAGCCGUUGGGGACGGCUCAGCUGAAGCCCCUGCUGCCUCUGCUCGUGGAACUGUUACUGGCCCUGCUGCUGCUGCUGCUGCUACUACUCCUGCUGCUGCUGAUGCUCCCAGUGUUUCCGGUGCUCCCGGUGCUUUCGGUGCUCCCGGUGCAACCAGUGCCACUGGCUCUCUUUCCAUCGCUACAUGUACACUCAACACUCUCACCGGUGCUCCUGGCUUACCUGUACCCACUACUGUCCUCACACCAGCCUUAGCACCUCCCAUGGCUACAACAGCCCCUAUUCCAGCAGCCAACGCCCUCGCUUCCAACGCCCUAGCCUCCUCUCCCGCUAUGCCUCUCCAGUCCUCGGUGAGCCCGUCCUCUCUCCCCGCCCUCCUGGCUGCUCUCUCCGCCAUCCAGCAAGCCAACAGCGCGCAGCACGCAGCACGUCAGGGUGCAUCAGAACGUCAGGUCGCGAGCAGCGGACCAGCACAGGUAGCAGCAACGGAUGCACCAGCAGCAGCAGCAGCAACACCAUCAGCAGCAGCAGCAGCAGCAGCAGCACAAGCGGCAGCAGCAGCAGCAUCUGUCAGCAGCAUGACCCUGUCCGGAAGCCAGGCGCCUUCUAACUCGUCUCUAAAAGCAGGGCAAGCAGGCGCCAUUUCAAAAGCAGCUCCCACUUUGGAAGGUGCAGCAGCAGCAGCAGCUGGCGUGUUGCUAUCAGGACGCCCGGGCAUGUCGCCUGCUAACCUGGGAGUGCGUCUGUCGGCACCGGGUGUAGAAGGACUCACCGAGGGCCAGAAACAGGGGCUGGGGCAACAGCAGCAGCAGAAGCAGGAGCAACAACAACAACAACCAGAUCAGCAGCAGCAGCAGCAGUUCCAGAGGCAGCAUCACCUGAUUCGAGCCGUAUCCCUGCCCGGCCCUGCUCGCUCCCGCCUCUUCCCAUCUGCUUCUGCUGACCCCCGCAGCUUUCCUUCCCCCUCCCCGCACUCCCACACCCCCAUCCCCUCCCUGCACUCCCACACCCCCCUCCCCUCCCCGCACUCCCACACCCCCCUCCCCUCCCCGCACUCCCACACCCCCCUCCCCUCCCCGCACUCCUACACCCCCUGCCCUUCCCCACACUCCCCCCUGGCUGCUGUUGCUGCUGCUGGGGGAGCAGGAGGAGGUGGAGGAGGAGGUUCAGGAGGAGUAGUGGGGGGAGCAGGGAGAGGAGCAACAGGAGCAUGGGGGUUUCGAGUGGACGCAGAAGUCCCUACAUCUGCUGUUCUCUCCAGCCGGCCCGAACCAGCCACUCCCCUCUCCCGUGCCAGCAGCACCGGAGCUGGCUCCCUGAGCUCACGCGCAGGUUCGGGAAGCGAAUGGCCGUGGGGUCUAGCCAUGGAGGCGAUCAGCAGCCAAGGUUUGCAAGAAGGUGCGGAUGGUGGGGUUGUAGGUGGGAGAGUGCGUUGUAGCAAUGAUACCGCUGCUGCUGCUGCCGCCGCUGCUAAUGCUGGUGCUGCUUCUUGUGCUGGUACUGCUACUGCUGGUGCUCCUGCUCCUACUACCGCUGCUGCUGCUGCUGCAGCUGCUACUCCCACUACCCCUGGCACCAGCAGCAGCAACCCCGCAGGUGCCAUUACCACAGCAGCAGCAGGGCAGCCCCCUCUUUGGCAGGGCAGUCGGCGCCAGCAGCGGAUGCUCGCCCGCCAGGAGUCAGCAUCAGCAUCCGCAGAGGCUCUCGACGCCUCAGUGAACCCUAACUUCUCCUCUUCUCGCCUCAGGCGCCUCUGCUCUGCUGAGGCGGGCUUUGAGACGCCUCAAACCGUGGGGUCCUCGUCUUCCCGCCUCCGCAGGCUCGGCUCUACCUCGGCAGAGGGGCUAGGCGCUGCAGCCCCUCCAAACCCUAACUUCUCCUCCCCGCGCCUCAGCAGGCUCGGCUCUGCAUCGGCAGAGGCCCUAGACCCGGCAGCCCUUUCCAACCCUAACUUCUCCUCCCCGAGCCUCCGCAGGCUCGGCUCUGCUGAUGGCUCGCACCCAUUGGGGGAUGCCCUGGGGGGAGGGGGUUUCGGGGGAGGAAGAAACGGUGGAUGGGGAAGUGGGGGAGGUGGGACUGGGGGAGCUGGAGGAGGGAGCAGGGGAAGUGGGGGGAGUGGGGGGAGUGGGGGAAGUGGGGCAGGGGGGAGUGGGGGAGGCAGGGGAGGCGGGGGAGGCGGGGGAGGCGGGGGAGGUGCAGGAGGUGGGGCCGGGCUAGACGUGCUAGAGAGCUUCCGGGCACGCCUGCGACCUCAGCCGUUGCUGCCGCUGCAGGAGCAGCAUGAAAUGGUGUUGAGACUGAAGCAGCGGCAGGCGGCAGGGGGGGAAGUGGGAGGGGGGAGUGGAACUGGUGGUGCUGGGGCAGGGGGAGGGGGGAAUUCAGGGGGAGGGGGGAAUUCAGGUGGAGGGGGGAAUUCAGGGGGAGGGGGGAAUUCAAGGGGAGGGGGGAAUUUAAGGGGAGAAGGGAAUGGGAUCAGUGGUACUGGGGCAGGGGGAGGGGGGAUUGGUGGUCCUGGAACCGGGGAAGUGGGGAGUGGGGGAGAUCUGCAUGAGUCUCUGAGGCCGCAGCUGCGCUCGCAGCUGUCGCUGCCGCUGCAGGAGCAGCAUGAGAUGGCGCUAAGACAGAAGCAGCGGCAGAAGCUGCUGCAGCAGCACCUGCUGGAACAGCAGACGCUGCAUCUCCAGCAGCAGCAGCAGCAAUCACAAACUGCUACUACCAACUCAGCAGCAGCGGCACCCCCGUUCUCCCCACCCCUGAACAGCCCACCCUCCCUGCCACUUAGCAGAUUACAGAGAGCGGGACCAAGCAUUGACCGUUUGAACAACCCACCCUCCCAGCCACCUAGCAGAUUACAGAGAGUGGGACCAAGCAUUGACCAUUUGAAUAGCCCACCCUCCCAACCACCUUCCAAUCUGCAAAGAGCGGGACCAAGCAUAGACCACUGGAACCUGCAGGGCCCUGCCCCACCCCCACCUGCCUUUUCUUCAGAAAAUAACCGGGGAGAGGGGCUCCAAAGAGCGGGACCCAGUAUAGACCGCGUGAAUUUUCCUGGCUUUUUGCCAGCAGCCGUGCCUUCCAGGGGAGGGCUGCAGAGAGCGGGGCCGAGCAUGGGGUCCCUGGGCUUUCGAGGAGAUGCAGGGGCACUGGCGCCGGGUGCCACUCGCACCCCCCCCAUUCAGAGAUUGGGCAGUGCGAGUGGCACUGGCCCGUGGGAGCAGAAAAGAGGUGGGGGAGGAGGAGGAGGAGGAGGAGGAGGAGGAGGAGGAGGAGGAGGAGGAGGAGGGGGGAUGGGAGGAGCAAGAGAAGGAGGGAGAGAUGAGGCAGCGAUAGAGGCAGGAGGUGGGGCGUGGGUUGGAUUCGAGAGAGAUUCUUCUGAGGCAGUGGGCAGUGGGGGCCGUAAGCGGCCAUGUGAAAGUAUGCUGGGUGAGGAGGGAGGUGGAGCGGGAGGGGCCAAGAGGGCAAAAGAUAUGGUGGCCGGCAGUGGCCGUGCCGACGGUGCUGCUGCUGUUGGCGGCAGUGUCGGUGGCAAUGGUGGUGCUGCUGCCACCUUUGGGGGGUCAUUCAGAGGAUGGGGAAGAGAAGGGCCUCCACCACCCUCCUCCCCUCCCCGUGCUCUCCUCUCCUUCCCCUCUGCCUCCUUCUCUCUUGACGACAUCCCUUCAGCCGUCCCUGCCACUGCUGCCACCGGCUCAAUUGACCAGGCCGAAAUUGGCCUCCGUUCGGCCGGACGUAGGCUGUCAGGCUUGGGGAAUGCUGGCUUGGGAGAUCCAGGUGCAGGGGAUUUUGGCUCGGAAAAUCCAGGUCUGGAAUGCGGAGGUUUGGAACGGGGAACGAGCCUAGCGGGUGCAGGCUUCAGCAAGGAGCUUGGUACGGGAGGAGACUCGGAGCUGGGGUCCGGUGUGGGCAGUGGUGGCCCUACAGGUAUGGGGAUGGCUUUUACUAACCCACCACCACUGCUACCCCCGGGCAUGGGGACAACCUUAGCUCGCAGUGGCGGUCUCACUAGGGCUGGUGGGCUCUCCUCUUCUGCUGACUUUACUGGCGGUGGGUUGGGCGGCGGUGGUUUGGCCAGGAGCAGUGGGCUGGGCAGCGGUGGGUUGGGUGGUGGUGGGCUGGGCGGUGGCGGGCUGGGCAGCAAUGGCCUGGGCGGCAAUGGCCUGGGUGGCGGUGGGCUGGGUGGUCGGGCGCGGCUGGCUCGUAGCUUCUUGUGGAGCAAGGAUCAGCUGAAGGAGAUCGAGCAGAUGAAGGACGCCAUGGCUGAGUUGGACGAGGAGCGAGGGGGAGGAAUGGAAGGAGCAGGGGGAGGAGAGGGAGGAGGGGGAGGAGGGGGAGGAGGGGGAGGAGGGGGGGAGGGGGAGGAAUGGGAGGAGCAGGGGGAGGAGAGGGAGGAGGGGGAGGAGGGGGAGGAGGGGGAGGAGGGGGAGGAGGGGGGGAGGGGGAGGAGGGGGAGGAGGGGGAGGAGGGGGAGGAGGAGGAGGUCUGCUUUCGAGUCGACUGAAAAGCAAGGAUCAGCUGAAGGAGAUCGAGCAGAUGGAGGACGCCAUGGCUGAGAUGGGCGAGGGGGGAGGAGGAGGAAUGGGAG